ACUCACCCGCUCCAGGAGGCGGGAUUUCCGGCACGGAUCAACACCGCUAUUGAGCACACUUUGGCAAAACUGUUCAGCUGCAGGCGUUCUUCAAUAGGCUCAACAUUGUUUUUCCAGGGAAAUUUGGAAUCACGACAAACACUUAGAUAAAUGGGUGAUGGUUGCAUGGGUGUAGAAUAGUUCAGAUAUAGAAUGCGGGUGGUGUAAGGUCGGGAACGAAUACACUGGCAGCAGCGGAAGGGGUAGCCUGACAUAGUCAAAUUGUUUGGCGGCUGUGUGCUUUACAAGAGGUGGUAGUUGUAUAGCCAUUGCCAUUUCUCUUGGUGAAUGUCAGCAGUCCUUCUGUUGUAUGUGCGGUAAUAACAUGUCGGCACCGCUGCCUGCCAUCGUACCAGCAGCUCGGAAGGCCACUGCAGCGGUGAUAUUUCUGCAUGGCCUAGGUGACACCGGGCAUGGCUGGGCAGAGGCCUUCGCAGGGAUCAGGACUCCUCAUGUGAAAUAUAUCUGUCCUCAUGCGCCGAUCAUGCCUGUGAGUCUCAACAUGAACAUGCGAAUGCCGUCUUGGUUUGAUAUUGUCGGCUUGAGUCCAGAUUCAGCAGAGGACGAGACUGGAAUUAAACGAGCGGCUGAGAACAUCAAAGCAUUAAUUGACCAGGAGGUUAAAAACGGGAUCCCUUCCACUAGAAUAGUACUCGGAGGAUUCUCUCAGGGAGGGGCGCUGUCUCUCUACACUGCCCUCACCAUGAAGCAGAAGCUCGGCGGUGUUCUAGCCCUCAGCUGCUGGCUUCCUCUCAGGAACUCUUUUCCUCAGGCUUCUGCUGACUCGGGUAAUAGGGAGGUGCCCGUGCUCCAGUGUCACGGUGAGGCGGACCCUCUGGUGCCUCUGAUGUUCGGCUGUCUGACGGUGGAGAAGCUGAAGACCCUCAUGAACCCCGUCAACAUCACCUUCAAGACGUACGGCAGGAUGGGCCACUCCGCCUGCCCGCAGGAAAUGGACGACAUCAAAGAGUUCAUAGACACAAAUCUGCCUCCAAUCGACUAAGCAAGACAGUAUUGUAAAACUGCUGACGGGAUGAAGGGCUAUCCCCAACCUCGCUGAUGGCUGGUGACCCAAAGCGACCCAAUCAGACUGAAGUGGUACCGAAUAGAACAACAGAACUGAACCAAACCCCAUCCAGGACCUCUCCUCCGUACUCCUCCAUCUGCCACCUGGGGACAGAGGACACAUGCUGCUACUGCUGUUGCUAUGGUAGGAACGACUCCGUGAGCCAGACAGGCCAAGGGGUCAGGGUCACCAUCCACAUCCGGAGGUCAUGGAAGAGGAGCUGUAGACAAAUCACCAUCGCCAUGGUAAUCUCAUUGGCAAGUGAUGUUUUUGCAGAACGGGAGAAUUUUAGAUGAUUGUCUGCUCAUAUGCUGUAAAUAAACAUCAAUUGCUUUAC